ACGGUCAUGAGAGAGAGAGAGAGAGAGAGAGAGAGAGAGAGAGAGAGAGAGAGAGAGAGAGAGAGAGAGAGAGAGAGAGAGAGAUUCACUCUGCCAGACUUCACAGAGAUCCAUCAGAGCUUCUCUGGAAUCUUCAAUUCUGUAAUUAGUCAGAAUGUCUUACGGUGGCUCCGGUUCGAUGUCACGUGGUGAAUUUAGUGUUCACUUCGCCAGCAAACGUGGAGGAACCAUAAGAGCAGAGGAGGCUGCUGGCAUUACUCUUCUGGUUGUGAUCAUCACUGCUCUCAUCAUUCUGGGUUGCUGGUUUUAUCGCAGGCGCAGUGGAUACAAAAAGAUUGGGAAAGAACAAUCAUGGAGAGAGAUGAGUCAGUACACUGAACCUGGAUCAGGAGAUGAAAAUAAAGUGGCCUUGAAUGAAUUCAGCAAGAUCAAUACUGCGAUUCCUAACGCUCCUCCAGCUUAUGAGAAGAUCAACUCUAGACCUUCACCUCCACCUUAUUCACCAUAAACAAAAAACCGAGAAACCCAAAACGCUGAGAGUUAAAUACAGAGGAAUAAAACAAAGUUCAUCAGUAA